GAAUGGAAUGCACCCGGAACCUGGGUUCCUUACAGCCGCAAGUGAGACAAAUCGAAGUUUCAGAAUACCAGUGUGCUGUUUGUCUCCUGUCUUACAAAAGAAAAGCUCAAUCGACCGAUCUCAAACUAUGUGAGGAUUAACGAACGGGACACAGCAGGAAAAUGGCGUCUCAGGUAGGACUCGGGCAGAAUGAACUUUUGGAAAUUGACAUAUGUGACGCUGACAUCUGUUCUGAAGAGGAGAGCGGGGUUUUUGUGAACUCAGGUGCGUCAUACACAGAUGGGUUCUCCGGGUUCCAGCAAUGGAUUCCCUCAAGAAACAGUGGUCUGUCGGACAUAACGAACCUGGAAAAGACUACCAGCUGCGUAAGUAGGUGCACUAAGACGCCUAAAACUGCCAUUUCCAGUUGCACUCAAGUCCCCAACGGCAGUGCCAGUCCAGAUCGGGGUUCUGUGGGUAGUGAACCCACGGAAGACGAACCAAGAGCUGUAUCCCGCGCAUCUAUCGUGGACUGUCUCCUGAUCGAACUCUAUGACACCUGUACGAAUCACAACAGAAGGAGUGUGGAUAGCCUAGACAGUUCCACAGAAGCGUCCAAUUCGGAUGCAUUCUUCGGGAGAAGCAACAGUGGAUCUAAUUUCCUGCAAGAGCUGCAGGAGAAACACACCAGGAGGCGUCAGAUGAAGUACUUGGCCAAGAAAGACUCAGAGGAGCUGAAGUGGAUUAUCCAGGAAGUGAAGUACCGCAUUGGGAUCCAGUCAGCAAAGCUGGUGCGGCAGCUGAAGAGGAAGGAUCGACUGUACAAUAAACUGCAGAAGAACUGUGACAUCGUGACCGCCUGCCUGCAAGCGGUGUCCCAGAAAAGACGAGUGGACACAAGACUGAAGUUCACUCUUGAACCAUCUCUGGGCAAAAAUGGCUUCCAGCAAUGGUAUGAUGCCCUUAAAGCAGUGGCCAGGCUCCCCACUGGCAUCCCCAAAGAGUGGAGGAAGAGGGUAUGGUUAACAUUGGCUGACCAGUACCUUCACAGCAUAUCUAUAGACUGGGAAAAGACCUUGAGAUUUGCCUUCAAUGACCGCAGCAACCCAGAUGAUGACUCACUGGGAAUCCAGAUUGUCAAAGACCUGCACAGGACAGGCUGCAGUUCUUACUGCGGCCAGGAGGGGGAGCAGGACAGAGUUGUGCUGAAGCGGGUGCUACUGGCGUAUGCGCGUUGGAACAAGGCUGUUGGUUACUGCCAGGGCUUCAAUGUGCUGGCUGCCCUCAUCCUGGAAGUUACGGAGGGAAACGAAGGGGAUGCACUCAAGGUGAUGAUUUACCUGAUUGACAAGGUGCUUCCUGACAGCUACUUCGCCAACAACCUGCGAGCCCUGUCUGUGGACAUGGCAGUCUUUAGAGAUCUGCUGAGACUGAAGCUGCCGGAACUCUCCCAGCACCUACACAACCUACAGAAGGCAGCCAAUCGGGAGGGUGGAGGUAGCUACGAGCCCCCCCUCACCAACGUCUUCACCAUGCAGUGGUUCCUCACCAUGUUUGCCACCUGCCUCCCCCACCACACCGUGCUGAAGAUCUGGGACUCGGUCUUCUUCGAGGGCUCUGAGGUGCUGCUGCGGGUUGCCCUGGCCAUCUGGGCCAAGCUGGGAGAACGGAUUGAGUACUGUCAGAGUGCAGAUGAGUUUUACAGCACCAUGGGCUGCCUGACUCAGGAGAUGCUGGAGCAUGACCUCAUCGACUCUAACGAGCUCAUGCAGACGGUCUACUCCAUGGCCUCCUUCCCAUUCCCCCAGCUGGCGGAGCUGAGGGAGAAGUACACCUACAACAUCACCCCCUUCCCCGCCCCCGUCAAGCCCAGCUCCAGUCACGGAGGCCGUGGACGGGACAGUGACGAGGAGGGCGACAUGGACGACGAGGACUCCUUGGUCAGCGCCCUGGGGUGCCUGGGUCCCAUCGGAGGACUCCUGGCCCCAGAGCUUCAGAGGUACCAGAAACACCUAAAAGCAGACCAGCGGGAAGAGCAGAGCUUGCGGUGCAGUAACAUCGCGGAGCUGAGCCCCGGGGCGGUGGGGGCGGGGCGUGCCGAGCACCAGGCCGCCAUCAACAGCAUGAUGCUGGAGCGCAUGAGCACUGACAUCAGCGCCCUCAAGAAGCAGUACCUGCGCAUCAAGAGACGGCAGCAGCAGCAGGCCAGCCUGAUCUACAUCCACGCAGGACUGCGAGCAACCAGAACUCCCGGGAUCCCUUCUAAUCCUCAGAACCAGCAGAAUCAUGAUAAAUGCCCGGCCACCAGCCUCCUGGCCUCGCAGCUUCACCCGUCCCCGGUGGUAAACCACCUCCUCAUGGGGAAGAAGCUAAAGGCGGUUCAGAGGGGCUGCCGAAACGGCCUGGUCCACACCCCGGGGGCGCACGGGGUGCCCCUCCCCCAGGCCCAGUCCAGCCCCUCCCAGGUGGACGCGAUGAGGAGCAAGCUGAACUCGCCGUGGCGCACCCACGUCCGGACGCACCGCAGAAACGUGGCGAGAGCUCGGGCGCAGCUGGGGUACGGCGACACCGAGGAGCUGAUCGAGGACGGGGGGCCGGCGGAGAGACCCGGGGGAGAGCCGCAGGAGGAGGAGGGCAAGGAGGAGGAGGAGAAGGAGGAGGAGGAGGAGGAGGAGACGGAGCAGGAGGUAGAGGAGGAGGAGCUGGAGGCAGAAGAGAGAAAGCUGGAGGAAGGAGAACAGGAGGAGGAGAGCAUGGAGGGAGAGGACAUUCACCCCCCUGAGCAGAAGCCUCAGGACUCCGGGCUGGAGGAGGGGGUGGGGAGGGUCCAGAAGCAGCUGGCUUCCCUCGAUCUGAAGCCCGGAUCAGAACCGGCCUCUCUGAGCGUGAAGGAGUCGAUGCCAGAACCUGAUCCCUCCGUCCCGGUACUGCCUCCGCCACCCCCGCCCCGCCGCAAAGAGUCAGACUCCUCCAGCUCCGAGAGCGGGGGGUCGCUCAGACGCACCCCCUCCACCCCGUCCACCCCCUCCACCCCCACCACCCCGGUGGGCCCCCCCAGGCCGCAGCACACCUUCUCCCCUUUCCCCAUCGUCAAACCCCCCCGAAAAUCGGCAGCCGCCAGGAACUUGGGCCUGUACGGCCCCACCCCGCGAACCCCGACUGUGCACUUCCCUCAGAUGAGCAAGAGUGUGAACCGUGCGGGUGGCGGCACCGUCAGCUCCACCAGGAGGCGAUGAUGAGCUCAAUCCAGAGGACACUCUUCGGUUCCCCUGCGCUGUUCUCUCUAGUUGAGCACUUUUGCACUUGCUUCUCCUGUUUAGUGCUCAGUACUGGAUUACUCAGACCAAGGUUUGUACUGACCAAACCACACAGUAAUUUAAGGCAGGGGGAGUAAGGUCAUCAAUAAUUCAUCAGUGACCUUGGCUGGGGUGUCGGAAGCUGAUUGAUGUCUCCUCUGUGGCAGAGAAGACAGUAUGUGCCCAAGAACACAGUUAGAAAAGUCAGCUGCUAUGAUUCAGCAGUUAGGAAGAUCCAUUAAGGUCUUAUGGAUGGUCUUGGAUGUUUUUUUUUCAUGUUUGUUUGCAUAUCCAUUAAAUCCAACCCUGGGCAAAGAUAGAUGUUCCAUUAUAUCAACCUCAGUCACAAGGCAGAGAUAGGACAUCUCUGUAAAAGCCACUUUUUCAGGGGGGUGUACACCUUUAACCUGAAACAACGCUGCAUGUUGAAGUCUCAAGCUGAUACUGUUAUACUGUCUUUGCUAUAAUGUGCAACCAAAGUGUGGGAGAAAACCUGUUUCUUUUCACUGUACUUUACCAGACAACAUUACCUUGUAAAGCACAAUGAAUUGGUUAAUGAUGUCACACCUUUCUCUAGCAUGCAGACUUUCCAGGCCACGGACAAACCUGGUGAUGUGUACAGACCCGUAAAUACAUGUUACUGUGUGUGCCUUAAAAAUGUCCCGCAGGGGUCCGAGGAAUCUCCGAAACGGGGAAAGCUGACUGCCCCUCUAACACAUGAUCGUUCCCCUUCACGUUCCCCCAACGUUCUGGUCAGCCUUCACAGUCACUUUCACAGAGAGGAUCGGAGAUGUAUGAUGCGUGCGCUGUGUUCAGGGCCCUCCAGCACGCUGCCAUGUAAUCCCCCAGCCAGACGGAUUCACUCACUGCCUCGGGUGUCAUUCCCUCAGCACUAUAAAAGAGUGGGACCCAUAUGUCAGUGUUCAACUCCGUUCGGACGAGCUCUCCGCCCCCAGCUUUUGUAGCGUGUUUUUACCUGGAGCGUAACGGCUUGCGAUCUCUGAUGUCUCGCAUUGUGUUUCUCCUGUCGGUCUUGUCUGCUGUUCACCUGCCUACAUCUGAAUGUUACGACACCUUCAGGCGUUCACGUGUUCACGGUAGUUAUUUUGGGUUCUGCGUUGCUUACGGUUCACCCUCAAAGUUCCAGAAAAUCAUCCCACGUGUUAUGACUUGUAUUUUUUUUUGCCAGAAGGGGGCAAUAGUCAGAAUAUGCCAUAAAUACUUAGUUUCUGACAUUCGGACUCCUGCUAGCAAGGCUGUCAGAGGGAUCACUCUAUCACUUUGCCAGAAACGACUUUUGGUACCUGAGUGCCAUUCUGUGUAUCCGUGGCAAAUGAAGUAGAAAUUAUUACAGAACUGUACACCUUUGGAACUCAUUCUGGGUUACCUUGAAUUGAACUGCACAGUGAACCAGAUUAAAAAAAUAUUAAAGACCUUUCACUCAAUCACUUAAAUGUCACUGUUGUUCCAGGGCACAAGAUGUGGAAUACAGAAUAGGCAGAGUGUAGGUAACUGUUUUGUAAUAACAAACUAACCAUAAUCACUGAAGGGUUGGGUUGUGGGAUGUUUUUUUGCAGAAGGACUCCUAGGGUGUAUUGUAAGCAUGUCAAUAUUGCGCUUAACCCAGAAUCUUGCUGAAAAGAAAACUCUGGGUGGUGAAAUUGAGAAAUUAAUUCUUAAUUUGGAAUUAGGCAACCUUUACAAACUGUAUUGUUACUGUAUAUAGCUCCUCCUAAACAGUCCCAAUGACAGUGUUUUAAUGGCAUUGCCUGUACAUUUUUGAAUGCUAUGUAAAAGAUAUCUAAAAGUCCUGAUUACUUCAGUGGAAUAGGUGUAUGACACAAUGAGACAUUAAAAGGCUUUAUGAAAAUCUUCAAAGAGUGAGAAAAAACGUAAACUAGUCAUUGAAAAUGAAUCUGUGGUGCACUUGUUUCAUUGUCCUA